CAGUCAGUUUGCUGUUCUCUCGUGUCCGGUUCGUUUUGUUGCCGCCGUCGGUCGUGAUCGUAGUUGUGUUCGAAAGAUAGUUUGAUUUUUAAUUUUAUUUGUCUUUCUAAUCGUUAUAACAAUUAAACACCAAACUUUAUUUACAAUACAACUCGUAAAUAUCAUUCCGAGAAGUGAAAUGAACGUUUUGUUUGCUAUUUAAUUUUCGUUGAUUUUGUUUUGAUUUUUUUUUUUUUUAAUUUUUUCCUUACCGCUUUUUAUUGUUGAUAUUUUCAAUAAGUACGACGGGAUAACUUUAUUAUCCUGGAUAAUUAAUAUUGUUUGUGUUAUCAUCGUACGUUCAAAUGUGGAUUAAUAAAUUCGCCGGAAACCUGAGAGACACUGAAAAAUGAAUGAUGCAUUCAGAGGUUUUGGUUUGGUUGACGACGGGAAUCGGCGGCCCUCUGUCCGUGGUAUGGCUGUGCUGGGCGAUACUGGUGCUGUGGUUCGGCCGCGGCCAGUGGCGGCCGUCGGACCCGCUGCUCAUAGCGCUGCUGGCUGAAGCGAUCGCCAAACAGGCGGCCGGCACCGCCAACUCGGCGCUGUCGCUGUUCCAGCCCGAUGAACCAGCGAUGUGCAGCGCGGUGCAGUGGCUCUGGACGGCCGCGCACACGAUGCAGGCCGGCACGCUGGCGUCGCUGGCCCUGAUGGCCGGGCUGAGGCGCAAAAAGCGGACGGUGGCUGCGGGCGGCCGGCCGCUACGAUUUAGUAGCAGCGGUUAUAGCUUUUAG